GGGUCGUCCUUCUUCGGGGAGCUCUUCAACCAGAACCCCGAGGUCUUCUUCCUCUACGAGCCGGUGUGGCACGUCUGGCAGAAGCUGUACCCCGGGGACGCCGUCUCGCUGCAAGGGGCGGCCCGCGACAUGCUGAGCUCCCUGUACCGCUGCGACCUCUCCGUCUUCCAGCUCUACAGCACGGCGGGCGCCGGCAAGAACCUCACCACGCUGGGCAUCUUCGGGGCGGCCACCAACAAGGUCAUCUGCUCCUCGCCUCUCUGCCCGGCCUACCGCAAGGAGGUGGUGGGCAUGGUGGACGACCGGGUGUGCAAGAAGUGCCCCCCUCAGCGCCUCAGCCGCUUCCAGGAGGAGUGCCACAAGUAUCGCACGCUGGUCAUCAAGGGUGUCCGUGUCUUUGACCUGGCUGUCCUCGCCCCGCUCAUGCGGGACCCGACCCUGGACCUCAAAGUCAUCCACCUGGUGCGGGACCCCCGGGCCGUUGCCAGCUCCCGCAUCAAGUCCCGGCACGGUCUCAUCCGGGAGAGCCUGCAGGUGGUGAGGAGCAGGGACCCCCGCAUCCAUCGCAUGCCCUUCCUUGAUGCCGGCCACAAGCUGGGUGGAAAGAAGGAGGGGGGGGGUGGCUCGGACUACCAUGCCCUGGGUGCCAUGGAGGUCAUCUGCAGCAGCAUGGCCAAGACCCUGCAGACUGCCCUGCACCCUCCUGACUGGCUGCAGGGCAACUACAUGGCUGUGCGCUAUGAGGACCUGGUGGUCGAGCCCAUCAAGACCCUGCGGCAGGUGUACGGCUUUGUCAACCUGGCGGUCAGCCCAGAGAUGGAGAAGUUCGCCCUUAACAUGACCAGCGGCCCUGGCUACUCCUCCAAGCCCUUCGUGGUGUCGGCCAGGAACGCCACCCAGGCGCUGAGCGCCUGGAGAACUGCGCUGAGCUACCAGCAGAUCAAGCAGGUCGAGGAGUAUUGCCAACAGCCCAUGGCCCUGCUGGGCUACGAGAGGGUCGGCAGCCCCGAAGAGGUGAAGGACCUCAGCAGAACGUUGCUCAGGAAGCCGCGGCUGUGAUGGGGCAGCGGGCACCUGCUGACUGCCCUCGGGGAUGGCUGAGCCCUGCUGGGGAGAGGAGCCACUCCAGCUGGCUUGAGUGAGGGAGGGAGCCGGGAAAAAGAACCUGGUUUCCAGUUUCCUCCAAAGACUGCUGAAGGGUAACAUACAGUAACGUGAUGAUUUAUUUCUGUUUUCUUUUUUUUUUUUAAAUUCCCUCCCCCCCAGCAUUGAGUUAGAUGCGAUUUAAAAAAAAAAAAAAAAAUAAAGUGGAACUGAAAAUAUGUGUAAAGCCCCUUUGUCCUUCUCUAAAGUGCUGGGAAGUGAUUCUGUACCAAAAUCUUGCUUAGGGAGUUCUUGUGGGUUUGAAGAUGGUAAUAAAAACUCUUGCACAAUUCCUACCACAUCUUUAUCUGUCUUGGUGCGGAGGGGAUGCCCUUGGAAAGCUUAAUGCUGAAAAUCAGACUUUUGUAUGAAAGCAAAUGUUCAGGCAUGAUAGUAAUAAAAAAACCAAUAAAUGAUAUUCAUUUUUAUAAUUACCUCAAUUGUUUGGGAAUUACAGUGUUGCUUAUGUACAGCUGGAGGGGAUCCUUGCUUAAAAUAGCAACGUGGACUUUUUUAAGGUUAUGGGUGGAGGGCUGGAGUGCAACAUUUGAUGUGUUCAAAGGUUAGGAGCUGCUCUCGCAGAAACAAGUACAGAUCUCACAAACGUAGUGCAGGUUUUACGGCUAUGUCAAAGCAGGUUUCUAUUUAACUAUUGUCUUUUUUGUUGUAUUUAAAAAGUCUUUCAAGUGCCACUGUAUUAGUGUCCUAAGAGUUUUAAAAUGUUUGCCAUCACAGCAGUAUUUAUUUUUGUCUUGACAUGUACGUGCAGGACUCACUGUCAAAUAGCAGUGGAUCUACAGUGUGACAAGAAGUGCAGGGUUUAAAAAGACAUUUAUCAUACUGGAAACAUUAGCAUGUGUGAAAACAAAAGUAAAAUUAUAUAUAUUAUAUAUAUUAUAUAGUGCUAACUACAGUAAGCUAUUUAAGAUAUUUCUUGACGUUGAUUGGUAACAGGCAUAGCAGGGAAGCAUAGAAAAAUGCAUAAAAUUAUUUCUUUUUCCCUUUUGUCUAAGUGUCCGAGGGUAUAUUUAUGUACGAGGAGGGAGGAAGCAUACAGCUGUGUGUUCAUAGCUAUAAUGGAGUUUUUACAGAGUCAACCUAGCGUUUGAUUUCAGAGUGCUGGUUAGAUACUAAUUUCUUGUGAAUUGUCAUUGCUCUACGAUGGAGCCAGAUGGUGGUCUGGCUCUUUCUGGGAGCUUUGUCUAGAGACUCUGUCCCAUCGUUAAAACUUGAUUUAAAAAAGAUGAGAUUUUACUACUACUGCUUUUAUAAUUUCCUGAAAAAGUCGCGGUUUAUUAAAGGUUAAGUGGUGUGUUGCGUAUGAGAAGUGCAGACACCUCCAGCAGUUUUUAAUCUUGGCGGUGUUCUCUGAUGCUCUUUGAAGGCUCAUUUUGGAACUUGAGUUUUU